AUGCCCAUCGAACUCAAAGGUAGUUGUCACUGUGGUAUAGUCAGAUUCUCUCUUGAAUCCAGCACAGCUGUCCCUUAUCACCUUUGUUGCUGCUCCAUCUGUCGCAAGACUGCUGGGACUGGAGGGACCAUCAACUUAGGUGGCCAUUCGAACACCCUGAAGGUUCUUCAAGGGAAGGAACACAUUAGUGUCUAUAAAGCAGUAAUCGAUCGAGACACGCCUCAUGAACGUAUCGCUACUUCUCAGAGGAGUUUCUGCGCCAAAUGCUCCACCAUGUUGUGGCUGUACGAUGACACCUGGCCUGAGCUCAUACAUCCCUUCGCAUCUGCAAUUGAUACUCCAUUAGAGGUGCCAAAAACGAUGGUGUGCAUCAAGAUCAACUCCAAACCUGACUACGUUCGCCUUCCGGAAGGUGACAAGGAAGUGUAUGACGAUUAUGGUCCUCUGUCGUUGGAAGAAUGGCACAAGGAGCACAAUCUCUUUGCCGCCUAG